UGCGCUUUCAACAUGGCGUCUCGCGUAAGCUAGUCGCUUGACUUCUGACAACGAGACCACAACACAGCUCGAGGUAAAUAGAACAGUGUAGCGAGUUUGACGGAUACUGUUAAAGACAAAAGGAUGAAACUGUUGCUCGCAGUGUUAAAACAAAUCCACAAACCAGCCGUCCGCACCAGUCAGCAGCGCUGCCGGAGCUCCUGUGCCAGCGGCGGCCUGUCACCUCUCCGAGAUGAGGCUCUCGUUGUCGGGUCAAGCCGGGAGCUCGUGCAGAGACUCGGCUCACAGGUGGAGGUGAGGACGGGCUUCAUCACCGAGGAGGAGGAAGGGGCUCUCCUGCGAGAGCUGGAGCCGGGCCUGAAGAAGAAACGCUACGAGUUCGACCACUGGGACGAUGCUAUUCAUGGGUACCGAGAGACUGAGCGUGCAAGGUGGGGGGCGGCGUGUGAGGAGGUCAUGAAUCGUGUCCGAUCUGCAGCGUUUCCUGAGGGCGGUCCACUCCUCGGUCCUGUGCACGUUCUAGAUCUGGACAAGACUGGCUACAUCAAGCCACACAUCGACAGUGUCAAGUUCUGUGGGAGCACCAUCGCCGGGUUGAGUCUCCUGUCAGACAGUAUCAUGCGCUUGGUGAAGGAGGAUGCCAUCGAUGAAUGGAUGGACCUGCUGCUUCCCCGACUUUCCCUCUACAUUCUGAGGGACCAAGCGAGAUAUAACUUCACUCACCAAAUCCUGAGAGACGAGGAGUCUGUGUUCAAUGGACAGAAAGUGCCUCGGCUACGUCGUGUCUCCGUCAUCUGUCGGAACCUCCCGCGCUAACACCCACUUCCACACAUCACCUGGAUUUAGAGGAUAAUGUCAAGGAUCUCCAUUAAGAUAUUAAGCAGAUAAUAUUUUUGGGCUAAUGCAUUAUAUCUGUGGUGAAGGGUCCAGGACAUUUAUUGACAGUUGAGACGCUCACGUACUGUGCUCAAAUGAACCAGCAUACUUACAGCAAUGUACGUUACCCAGUGUUCAUACUUUCAGGGAUCAUAAUCAACAUAAUCAAUGAACAGUAUUAUUAGACUUUCUUCACUGGAGCAUCUUUCAAGUUUUACAAUGGCUGAUUCAAAUUGACAGCCGGUUUCUCCACAACAACUGUGGCAUCUUUGAACAUCAUUUCAAUAACCACUCACUGUUUUGUUUGUUGGUUCAUUAUUAAACAGCAGGAAGGAUUCUUUGAUUAAGAAUUAAAUGAAUAUGAACUUUCA